GAGUAAGCCUCAAGUAAUCUCUUCUUCCUUUUCUGGGGAUUUAAGAACAAAUUAUUAGUAUGGAGGUUCAAGAACAAGAUACACGAAACAGGCGACCCGAGCUUUCUCUCGUUUUCAUAUUCAUCACUUUCUUUGGUAUCGCUGCUUUUUUCUUGUGUCUCGCAUCUGAGUUUCAGAAGGCUAAGGGGAAAGAUCUGAAAUGGGAUGGAGAAUCGUGUUAUCUACCCGAAAGUCAUGCUUUAGGGUUAGGAACCGCCGCUCUGGUCUGUGUUUCAAUUGCUCAAAUAAUCGGAAACGUUGUGAUCUGCAGAGGCUUCUUGAAUAAAACAGCGAAAACGGGAACGAUACCGUUUUGUGUAUUCCUUCUGUUGUUUUCUUGGGCAAAUUUUGCGGUUGCAGUUACGUUGAUGAGCGUUGGUGCAAGCAUGAACAGAGAGCAGAGAUACGGCAAAGGAUGGCUAAACGGUGAGUGUUAUCUCGUGAAAGACGGUGUAUUUGCAGCGUCCGGCGUUCUGUGCAUUACAACGCUAGCUGCGGUUCUCGGAGCGUUUGCAUCCCACGGUAAACCAUCAUUACAUGUUGAGACCCAAAACAAAACUCAUACGCACAAUGUAUAGUAGUUUUCUUUUUGCCCCUUAGUUUUGACUCGGAAACUUAAGUAGAAAACAAAGAAAAUUCAUCAAAUGACAAUACAAAACCUUGAUCAUAGAUAUUCAGAAUAGGGAGUAAGAUUGAUUAGUCCAAUGUGAAUUAAUAUUAUUUUGGUGUGUUUAUCAUUGUUUAUUUUAGUAUACAAUAUCUGUGUUUUUUCGCAUUUAUGACCGUG